ACUGCUUUUCCAUGCCGUGCCGGUGUAGCAUUGGCGCGAGGCAGCCUUCGAAAUUUAAUUUCGCGCGUCAUCGUCAUCUUUUUCUGCUUCUUCUGCCCUCCCUCGAGGCUGCUGGCCAGCCUCGAAUCCAUUGUGCUUCGGUGCGCUUCAUCCCAGUUGCACUUUCCUCUACCCUCUCCGUCUGGGGGCAAAAAGUGACGAGAGAGAGAGAGAGAGAGAGAGAGAAAGGUUUGGAGCAACGCAUCUCAAAAAGUUUACUAAUGGGCUAAGGGUCGCGAGCGAGAAACGAUGGUCAUUCGAUCGAGGAUGAUCGACCGAGUUUGUGCAAAUUAACCGUCGGUAAAUGGCACACGAUCACGGAAGAGAGAUGCUGGUUCUAAUUGGAGGACUGCUCGUCGUCUCCUUCUUGUACUUGGUGGCGGCGAUGAAGAAAGACGAUGCAGCAGCGCAGGACGAGCGAUCCGAGCAAUCUGAUAAGCCCAGAGAUUCGCAAACAUCGUCUGUCGAUGUGACUAAUAUGGAAUGUAGUCGAUCUAGUCCUAAGUAUGUUUGCUCGAUAUGUGGGUCAGAGACGACGAUCAAGAUUGAGGAAAAAGUCGAGGAGUCGACCACGACGACAUUCGAGAUCGUCGAGGAUGCGACUGGUUGGCUGCGCUUCGACGAUAAUAGCUUGCGCCGAGUGCCAUUCCCCGAGGCUGGGGUAGAUAUCGUAGAUCGCAAAUUAAAAAAUACGGAAGACUCGCUGUGGCGAGAAAUAGACGAGCACCGCUGGGACGACGGCGACAUCUUAACGUACACCGAGUCGUGGACGGAGAACUGGUUGUUUCGCAGAAAGAAGGAGAGCAGCGCGCGCGAGGACACGGCUGGCGUCUCGUUCAAACCUGUCUCGAUGUUCGUGCCGAGCACGAGCGCGAAAUGUCGCGCGAUGAUCGGCGAUCAGGACGUCGACGAGAUCUCCGACCUGUCCGACCUGUCCGACCUCUCCGACGGCUCCGACGGCUCCGACGACUCUGACGGGAUGGCGAGGAGGGAGGCCGACAGCGCGACGGCUAAAUAUAUCUACGACCAACGCAGUCGCGUAUUUAUAGACGGCAGAUCGAAACACCAUGGCGAAAACUUGGGUUUGGCCGCCGGCAGGCCAGACCAACCAACCGCGAACGGCCAGGCGAGCUCGCCGGACGACGACCGGCCAGCCGGCCGCGAGGGCCUGGCCGAUCACGAGCCGGCCGACAACAGGUCGCGCUACAGAAGCGAGCUGUUCGUCGAGGCGCGUCACGCGGCUCGGAGCUGCACCAUGGGCGGCGGCGACGACGGCGUUCCAUGCUCGGCUGCAGACUCUCGCUUGACUUCGCCGCCGAGGCCGGGUACGAUCGCCGAUCGCGAGCACCGCAAGUGGCAAACUGCGGCGCCAAUGGAGAACAAUCCCUACAGCGAGGAGAAUCUGCAGAGGAGGCUCGCGGAGCGGAGUCGCGCUCCGAGGUAUUCCAGUGGCUCCAGCCUCUUCGGAAUGGCGCGAACAAACGGACUGGACAACGCAAGAGCAGUCGUUGCCGACGGCAUCCAGUUCGAGACGAUGGACUUACCGCCUGAAAAGUCUAGUGCACGCUGCGAUAACGAUGCUCCAGUGACGACUGCCGAGAGCAGAUCAGCUGCCGCCGGCCAGUCAAUUGUCAUCGAUUGCGAGAACACGGAUACUGCGAUGGUCACGCGACCGAAGGAAGACCAGAUCCCCAGGUGCAGGCAGCCGCCGUUGGCUGGAAGGCCGAGCCCGAGAGGAUCGGGAGGCAAUGACGUGGCGCGCGCCGCAGAAGACGCGGCUAAAAAUACAUCGGGCAAAUCGAAGCGCAGCGACGGCCAUGCGAUCCAAGUGACGAGGAACGAUGCGACGAUCAAUGAAGCCGAUUGCGCCGGCUCGGGCGGCCGCGCGCGCGAUCAGGCGAUAUCGCUGCCGUCCGUGAAAAAGCUCGUCGAGGUUUUCAGCCAGAAGCAGAGAGCCGCCACGGGUGCGGCGCCGGUGGCAGCGACAGCGACCAAGCCAAAGGACCGGAGCGACGGCGACUCGCAGCAGCAGCAGCAGCAGCCCAAACUCAAGCGAGUAGAAAGGACUGCGCAGCAGUCGGCUCCACCCCUGCAUUUGCAUAGUUUGACGGCUAGAUCGCUUUCGAAAGAAUUUCGAGAAGGAUUGCGCUGAGGAGAUUGCGUCUGAUUGCUGAAACGCGAAUGAAUGCGUCAAUGAGCAAUAGAGCGAGAACGAAUGGUUUCUAUAUGUAAAUAUAAACGUUGCAUCGUGUAUGCCUGGCUUCGUCAUUUUUUAUUUGAUUUGAAAGAAGCUCGCAGUACGUUUAUCCCUGUAACGCAAGAAAGUUAUAUCGUGAACAAAUUUACGAAUCAAAUUAAUGGAUAGUGCCGAGACAAGAGACUGCAAUUAUUUUAGAUUGGAUGUACACGAUGAAUUGUUGAUAAAAUGCUUAUAUUGUAUCUGCAAUGGAGUUGUAUGUUAUUAUGAUCAGCGUAGUCGUGUUCAAUAAAGUUUGUGAAUACUCGAU